UAUCUUCCGCAGUUCAACAGCUGCCAAUACACCAAUACAGAGCUGUCUUCAUGCAGACGGAUUUGUUUACAUGCGGAGGAAGAUACGCUAGCUCAAAAAUAAACGCUAAGCUUUCCACUCAGUUGACGUUAUAGGUUGUCAGCCAUGGGGAAGUCGUUUGCCAAUUUUAUGUGCAAGAAGGAUUUUCACCCUGCGUCGAAGUCAAAUAUCAAAAAGGUAUGGAUAGCAGAACAGAAACUGACCUUCGAGAAGAAGAAGCAAGAAGAUCUUAUGCAGGCGUACAUGAAAGAGCAGGAUUGUUACAACAACAGGGUGUUGAUAGGGGAUGACCGUGUUAAAAAUGGCCUCAAUUUCAUGUAUGAGGCUCCACCUGGAGCAUCCAAAGAGGAAACUAAAGAGGAGGGGGAAGAAGAGUACAAAUUUGAGUGGCAGAAGGUGGCUCCUCGAGAGAAAUACGCGAAGGAUGACAUGAAUAUUAGAGAUCAGCCAUUUGGAAUCCAGGUGCGCAAUGUGCGAUGCAUCAAAUGUCACAAAUGGGGCCAUGUGAACACAGACAGAGAGUGUCCUCUCUAUGGGCUGUCGGGUAUCAAUGCCAGCUCUGUGGCCUCAGAGGAGGCAGCAGGUCCGUCGAUGCACCCCUCGGAGUUAAUGGCGGAGAUGCGAAACAGUGGGUUUGCCCUGAAAAAAUGUGUCCUUGGUAGGAAUUCUACUGUUUGUGAUCCAUCGCAGGAAUAUGUUGCCAGUGAUGAAGAGGAAGAUCCCGAGGUGGAAUUUCUGAAGUCAUUAACAACCAAGCAAAAACAGAAGCUCCUCAGAAAACUUGAUCGCCUGGAAAAGCAGAAGGCCAAGAAGAAGAAGAGCAAAAAACAAAAGAAGAAGAGCAAAAGAAAACACAAGAAAAAUCAUGAAAGUAGUGAGAGCUCGAGUGACUCCUCCAAUAGCAGUAGUAGUAGUGAUAGUGGCUCAGAUUCAGACAGCCAUGGCAAGUUCAAGAGCCAAAAGAGAAAGAAGAACAAGAAAAAAGAUUCCUGUCGGGAUAACAGCUCUAAGAGCGAGCGGCGAGUCAAGUGUCAGAAAAAGGCCUCCUCUCAUAGAAGCAGGUCACAGAGCCCUCACACUGGACAGAGGCGGCCUGAAGAGGAGUCCGGAGAUUAUAGACAAACAAGGACAGAGAGGGGAAGGAGCAGGAGUCGAAAUCGCAGCCCAGAGAACAAGAUCAAGCUGGAGGGAGGUCAAGAGAGAAAGAGACACAACAGCAGGGACAGGCAGAGACCUAGCAGCUUCAAGUCUGGCUUGGACAGAAGUAGGAGCUGCGAGAAAGGCAGGGAGGACAGAGGUAAAGACGGGCGUCACAGUAGUGAUAGUGAGAGGAACAGAAGUAGCACAGAUGGAAGGAGAGGCAGAACAGCAGAUGGGAGGAGCAGAAGCAGGGAAAAGAGGAAGGAAAGGGAGGGCAGGGUAAGAAGUAGGAGUAGGGAGAGAAGAGAGAAAAGCCAAGGCAGAGCUAAAAGAAAACACUGACUGUUUGUUUUUCAGUUCCCUCUUACAAUAUUGGACAAAAUGUGUUAAAUGUUUUUUUUUUUUUGCGAUUGCUGUUAUGUACAGUUCUUGGUAAUCACACAUUGUCCCUCCAUUGAAAAAUGCAGAUAUUGUGCAGUAGGUCUCCUUUUUCUCCAGUAGAGGGAAGCAGUCGACAGAAAAUAUCUAGCUGGAGCUCAUUGUACCCUUGUGUUGUCUUGUAAUGUAUGAAAUAGUCUAAAUUAAUUGAUUACCAUUGGAAGCAAUUUGCAGCUGUGAUCCGUUGAUGGGAAAAUAUUGGACUCAUUUUAAUGGCAGUUGGCCGCUAGAAAGACUAUUUCUGUCGCUGCAGUUUUUUUCUUAUCUUGCAUUCAUUAUUGUGUAUUUUUUGGAAAUAUUGACAUUGUAACAUGUAAUGCUUAAACGGUUGAUUCCUAAAAAGAAAAUUUUAUGAUUAAAAUUGUAAUCAUCUCAAUUUA